AUGACAGUAACUUGGUACAGUGGAUCUCAAGCAUUAUUUAUUGCCGUGGCCUUUGGUACUUUCGAUGUUUUGAUGAACGUGUUUGGGCUGGCCUGGAAUGGUAGCACAUUCACUUUUGCCAACAUACAACAUUGGUUCGAUCUUAAAAAUUAUUGCUUCAAACAAAACCCGGUAGACUUUUUGGCUGUCGCUUUAAUACGGGUUUGUAUCCUAUUUGGAGGUGCAGUCGGAGUAUACGCGAACCCGAGUGGAGGUAGUCUUCCAGUAACGUAUGAAAUAUUUAGCAAUGUAGUUUUUGCCGUGCUACUAAUUAUAGUGGCAUUUUCGCCGACCAAACUGCUGGCUUUUUAUGAGGAUGACGACCUGAAACUUGCAGUAGGGGACUGGAUUUUGAUGAUUUGGUGUAUUCUGGCUUCGCUCUUUACUCAGGCAGUAUGGGUUAGUGUGUUCACUAAAGUUAGAGAACAUGCAGUAUCGCUGGAAAGUAUGCCAAUUCUCAAUGACGAAGAUGAAUAUCAACUAAUGUUACAGCGUUUAUGCUGCAAAAGUAUGUCGGUUCAACGUGAAACAAUGAGGAUGCUGUUAAGGCUAUUUGGAUAUAUGGCUAAAGAGUGGCCUUCCUAUUGCGUUGCAUUUAGCUUUCUAUUUCUGUACUCUUCGUCUCGAGUUUUUACUCCCUAUUAUACUGGAGAAGUAGUGGCAAGUGUUUUUGGGGCUGAUGCAUCAUAUGCCAAGCUUCACAAAUCUGUCUUUGUCAUGACUGUUCUCUCACUUACACUGUUCGGUGGACUACGAGGUGGAUCGUUUACUUAUGCUCAGGCUCGAAUAGACCGACGUAUUCGAGAUCAUCUAUUCAAGUCUUUGGUUAAACAAGAAAUUGGUUUUUUUGAUCAAAAUAAAACAGGUGAAAUUUGUUCUCGUUUGAAUGCAGAUUGUCAGACUAUGUCCAACACUUUGUCCUUAUACAUUAAUGUUCUUAUGCGGAACGUAACAAUGCUGUUUGGAUCAGUUAUUUUUAUGUUCUCGCUCUCCUGGCGACUCUCCAUGGUCACACUGAUUGCAAUACCAAUCAUCUUUCUUAUUUCUAAAGUCUACGGUGUUUAUUACGAUAGGCUUUCUGAAGAAAUUCAAGAAUCUGUGGCAAAGGCCAAUGAUGUUGCCGAAGAGGUUAUCAGCGCUAUUAGAACGGUGAAGAGUUUUGCAGGCGAAAAAUUUGAAUCGUCCAGAUUUCUUCAUUUCCUCGAUAUAACAUUGGCAAUUGGGGUACGAAAAUCAAUUGCCCAUAUAGGAUUUUUAUGGACUUCUGAAAUAUUACAAAUGGGCAUUUUGAUUGCCGUUCUCUGGUACGGUGGACAUUUACUUAUCAGAUCAAAAGUAGAUGCAGGUCUUUUAGUGUCUUUCUUGCUCUAUCAGUUCCAACUUGGCGAAAACCUUCGAGAACUUGGAGAAGUAUGGAAUGGCUUGAUGCAAGCGGUUGGAGCAUCUAGAAAAGUCUUUGAAUUCAUUGACAGGAAACCACAAGUUGUGAACAGGGGAAAGACUAAAUUUGAUGGCUCAAAAAAGUUGGAAGGCAAAAUUGAAUUCAAAAAUGUCUGUUUUAGUUACCCAACAAAGCCAGACUGUCCAGUGAUGCAGGAUGUUUCGUUCACAGUAAAUCCCGGCGAAGUGGUUGCUCUAGUUGGUCCAUCUGGAGGUGGGAAAAGCUCUUGUAUUGCCAUGCUCGAGCAUUUUUAUGAACCAGAGCGUGGUCAGGUGCUCCUCGACGGGGUUCCAAUUCACGAAUACGACCACAAGUUUCUUCAUACGCAAGUCGCCUUAGUUGGACAAGAACCUGUUUUAUACUCACGUUCAGUGAGAGAGAACAUUAGUUAUGGUGUUGAAAAUGUUACUGUGGAUGAAGUUGAGAAUGCAGCGAAACUUGCAAAUGCUCACAACUUUAUCACUGAUACGACGAAUGGCUAUGAAACAAAUGUUGGUGAGAAGGGAAGCCAGAUGUCCGGUGGGCAAAAGCAAAGAAUUGCUAUCGCAAGAGCACUUGUUAGAAGACCAGUAGUUUUGUUGCUGGACGAAGCUACUUCAGCACUUGAUUCUGAAUCUGAACAUUUGGUACAAGAAGCAAUAUCCAAAAACCUCAGUGGUCAUACAGUGUUGGUUAUAGCUCAUCGGCUUAGUACUGUAGAGAAUGCUGAUAAGAUAAUUGUAAUAAACCAUGGAAGAGUGGAACAAGAAGGGGUUUACAGCGAGCUUGCAGAAAAAGAGGGUCUUUUCAAAACGCUGGUCCAAAAGCAACUGAAAAACGACGAAUUCGUUGACGAGUCGACUUCGGCAGAAGCUACGAGCGGCCGCAGACGCCAGCCAUCAUGUUCGCAGUCAAUGACGCAAAGCUUCUUAGGGACUAGCUUUGCUAGUGUUGGUUCUUAUAUCUGA